GACCUGGACAAGCCAGCCAGUAUGACAGGCCGGAUGAAGGGAGGAGGAGGAAUAGGAGGAGGAGAGGAGGAGAGGGGUCAGGCCCCUUCCAGCAGACCAUAUCCCCCAGGACUACAGCCCGGAGGUUCUCCAGAACAGACAGGGAUGGCUCAGCAGCAACAGACCAUCAUCAACCAGCAAGCCAUCAUACUGGCGCAGCAGAUGACCAUGCAGGCCAUGGCUAUCCAGCAGCAGAUGUUGUCUUCCCUCGCCCCCCAGGCCCCUCCCACACAACCACCCCCCCGCACCUCCAGCCAUACUGAAGAAGCUCCAGAGAGCCCUUACCAGGCCAGCCUGAACCCCGCCCAGCACCACCCCUCCUCCAGGAAACACA